UCGAUUUAAUUUUAGUUUUGAAGGAGCGAACGUCGGUAGAUUUACUAAGUACGCGUUGGUGGAAUAUUUAACAUGGAAACUGCACUUAUGACCUUUAAAGCAUAUACUUAUCUUGCGCUUGAAAUAAAGGUAAUGAAUUACGUCAUCAGAAGACAACACGGUUAUGAAAUUAAAUAGCGGCUUAGAAAAUAUUGGAUUAAAUAGUGGCAUUUAAAUAAAAAACGUAUUAUAUUCCGAGUAUGAUAUUACUCUGAAUAUAAUAAUAAUGCAUUUAAAAAAAUAAUGUUUGGUCGUUUUAAGAAUCGAAGAAAGCCAUUGGCCAGUUGAAGUAGUUUAAUAAAAAUAAAUAAAUAGAAGCAUUUCAGCAUAUAUUGGUGUAGUAAGUUCUUAGUUUAAAGUUGUUUCCUAAAUGUCUAUUGGCAUGUCUUUAUUUGUAUUACUGCUGUUACUCUGCACCACUAGAAGUUUAAAUAGAUCUACAUUGCGAAAUGUCCAGCACUUCAUACAUUAUAUGAAUAAAUACAUUACAUAUAUGCAACCUCUGAUGAGCAGAACACCACAAAUGACCUUUCGAUGAGUUGAACGUGGGAAAAUAGAUGGCAUUUUUUAUUCAUGAAUCUGCCAAGAUGAAUUAAAAAGUUACAUUUAUUUCAUGCAUUAUGAUUAUUAUUCCCCUUCAUUUCCUUGCUCUUGUACGCUUAAUGUGACAUGUUACCGUAUGGUUACACUAUCACUGACUAUUAAAAUGAAGGCUCGUAAUGAGAAAAUAUUUAGCAAAAUACACCCUUCAAAAUGGAGUCUUCAGAUUUCCGACAGCACACAAAAGCAUCGAGCGCCAUUUCGCAUGCGCGCGGAAAAGCACGCCGGUUCACAGGCGCCAUUGAAGCGAGAAAUGAUAUUCUAAGCGUCUGGGGUGGCAAAUAAAACGCCUUUUACAAGUUGAACCUCUAGAAUUCAACCUAUGUGAAGGACCAGAGAGGCUGUACACCGAUUUAUUUCCUUCUCUCUCCUAUAAGUUUAACCAUUCAUUCAAAUCGGUGAUCGGUUAGUGACGUGGAUGUUGUGUGGGAGCGGGGCGUGGUUCAACAUUCCUUUAUUAUAAUCUUAAAACAGGAUUUCCAGUUCGCCAUAACGUGCAAUUUGAAUUAAAACUAUAGUCUAAUAGACUGGUUAAAUAAUCAGUAGUGAAAUAUGUCAUCUUCUAGUCGAUCAUAACAUGAUUGCUCACAGAAAUGUAAACACAUUUACAUUUAAAAAUAAGUGCGAUUAACACAGUCCAAUCUAAAUUAUUGUGUAAAGAAUGUAAAAUGUAACCCUUUUUAUAUCGGUAUUUUUGUUUUGAGGUCUAAUAAUAUAAUAGAUUUUUCUAGACUGUUGGCGCUCCUCUGAGCAUGCGCAGUUUCGGCCUCAUUUCAUGUUGAGAGUAAUGGCGGCUGUACCGCGCUGGGCCGAGCGAUACUAGUUAGAGUGUAUUAUCGAUCCUUAAACACGUCCACGUCGUCGACCCACUUUGGAUGGAAGAUACUGCGGACAGUCACAUCCCAGAAGAACCAGUUAUUGGAAUGCUCAACACUGACUCCCCUGCCAUGGAAAGCAACGGGGAUGCCUCCCUGCCGGCUGACUGGUCUGAUCACGUCGCUUCAGAACCGAUCACCAAUGCGUCCCAGGAAGCUUCAGAGAAACAGCUGGGCUCGGUAGAAAAGGCAGUGGAAAACUUUCAGAUCGCUGUCGCUCAACUUCCAGAAGAAGAGCAGCCACCUCCCCCCCCACUGCCUUCUGAGCCACCAUGCGCCCCAGAAAACCAGCCCCUUGAUUUUCACAAUAACCAAGCUAUGGCUAUACAGCCAGAAGAUUCAUCUCAGGCCACUGAAGAUGGCAUGGAUAUUGAAGAUGCAUCCAAAGAAACAGUACAAGAAAUUGCUCCCCCACCAGAGCCACCUCUACCCAUGGAAUUCGAAAGGCUGUUUAAAGGCUGCCAGGAGAACAUGGAAGACUUCAAUGGUUGGGUCUACCUUCUGCAGUAUGUGGAACAAGAGAAUAUGCUUGAACCUGUGAGAAAGUCCUUCGACUUAUUUUUUGAACGUUAUCCAUACUGCUAUGGCUACUGGAAGAAGUAUGCAGACAUUGAGAGGAAACACGGAAACAUACAUGUUGCAGAGGAGGUUUACAGAAGAGGCUUGCAGGCCAUCCCUCUCAGUGUGGACUUGUGGCUGCAUUACAUGACUUUCAUCAAAGAAAACUCAGACACAACUGACCCUGAGACAGAAGGACGCAUCAGAGCUGCGUAUGAACAUGCAGUGCUUGCGGCUGGUACAGACUUUCGCUCGGAUCGUCUGUGGGAGUCCUUUAUCGCCUGGGAAUUGGAGCAACAGAAGUUGGCUAACGUCACUGCCAUUUAUGAUCGGAUCUUAGGAAUCCCCACUCAGCUAUAUUCCCAGCACUUCCAGAAGUUCAAAGAACACGUGCAAACCAACAACCCGAAACACUUCUUGUCAGAAGAGGAGUUUGUACAGCUAAGGUUGGAACUUUCUAAAGCUACUUUGGCAUCCAUGGCCAGGGAAACUGACGAGACACCUGCUCCUCCAGAGGAUUUGCCCCCCGGAACAGAGGACCUACCUGACCCGGCAAAGAGGGUGACAGAGAUCGAGAACAUGCGGCACAAGGUGAUCGAAAAUCGACAGGAGGUGUUCAAUCACAAUGAGCAUGAAGUCAGCAAGCGUUGGGCCUUUGAAGAAGGGAUUAAGCGGCCGUACUUCCACGUCAAAUCCCUUGAGAGAACCCAGCUGAACAACUGGAAGGAGUACCUGGACUUUGAGAUAGAAAAUGGCACCCCGGAGCGUGUGGUUGUUCUGUUUGAAAGAUGUCUCAUCGCUUGUGCGCUCUAUGAAGAGUUCUGGAUCAAGUAUGCCAAAUAUCUCGAGAGCUACAGCACUGAUGGUGUGAGACAUAUCUUCAAGAAGGCCUGCACGAUUCACCUGCACAGGAAGCCAAUUAUCCACCUGCAGUGGGCUGCUUUUGAGGAGCAGCAGGGAUACCCAGAUGAAGCCCGUCGUAUACUGAAGACCGUGGAAGACAUGAUUCCAUCUCUGGCGAUGGUUCGACUUCGGAGGGUCAACCUCGAGCGUCGCCAAGGGAACUUGGAGGAAGCGGAAGCACUACUGAGAGAAGCGAUGGAAAACUCGAGGAAUACUAUCGAGUCAUCCUUCUAUGCUGUGAAACUUGCCAGGAUGCUUCUGAAGGUUCAGAGAAGUUUAAGCAAAGCCAAAAAGGUGCUGCUCGACGCCAUUGAUAAUGACGAGACAAGUUCCCGGCUCUAUCUGAAUCUACUUGAUUUGGAGUUCAAUGGAGAUAUCGCGCAGAAUGAGGCAGAGAUCCUGGUCAUCUUCGAUCGAGCCCUGAAGAGCCAGAUGCCCCUAGAGUCGCGUCUCCUCUUUGCGCAACGCAAAGUCGAGUUCAUGGAAGACUUUGGCACCGACGUCAACGUGCUCGUGGCUGCUUACCAAGAACAUCAGAAAUUACAGAGGGAAAGCGAUGCUUUGAAACAGAAGGCGGAGAACGGCUACGACAGCUCUGGGGAACCUGAUGCUAAACGCCAGCGCACCGAUGAUGCUGCUGCUGCCGCUGCAGCCGCUGCAGCCACCGCCAUGACAGACAUGCAGGCAAACAAUGCUGCGUAUAACUACAACUGGUACCAGCAAUAUGGGGCUUGGGGACAGAACUCCUGGGGACAGUACGGUCAAUAUGCCCAGUACAACCAGUACUACCCUCCUCCUCCAACAUGAGCCCCAUAAGCUGAAGAGUGGAAACACGUCCCUUCUGACGAGCUACUUUUCCAAUCAGGAUUGCUUUUUUUUCUACAGUGUCAUUGAGGGUCACAUAUAUUUGUGUGUGAGCUGAUUUCACUCAUGUGUUCUGGCUGCUUGAAUGUGUGGAUAAUAGUUCGAGGGGAGUUUUGUUUUCCAUGUUCAUCCCAAUUAUGUGUUCCUCUUUCUGAAAUACAUACAAUAAAACAUUUUUUUAAAUCAGUAACAUUUCCAGAAGUAAUGAAUAGUUCCAUGUUUUUUAAUUUCUAUUUUGACCUGGUUUCAUAAUAAAGAUAUUGA